UGAUGCMAUGGCUUUUGCCCCGACCAGGUGAAUGCUGGUGGCGGGGGAGAGCUGGAGUUGCCUUAUCUCUUGUUAUCUCGACCUUAGAGGAGAAGAAARGCGCGCUACGAUCGAGACUCUCCUAAAAUGGCCCCAGGUGGCCGCAACCCCUGUCCGGGGACCUGUGCCAAUGACCCUAGUGGCGGUUUUGCUUUCUCCCCUCGCGGCGSUGUGAACGUGCGUCCACAGCGUGAUGGGCAACCAGGUGGAGAAACUGACCCACCUAAGUUACAAGGAAGUUCCAACGGCCGACCCUACUGGUGUGGACCGGGACGACGGUCCCCGCAUCGGUGUCUCKUAUAUCUUUUCCAAUGACGACGAGGACGUAGAGCCACAGCCACCGCCCCAAGGGCCGGAUGGCGGUGGCUUGCCUGACUGUGGGGAGCGGCCGCCGCUACCCCCGCCGCAGCCUUACGACCCGCGGCUACACGAGGUAGAGUGCUCAGUGUUCUAUCGCGACGAGUGCAUCUACCAGAAAAGCUUUGCGCCAGGCUCGGCGGCGCUGAGCACUUACACACCUGAGAACCUGCUCAACAAGUGCAAUCCAGGCGACCUGGUGGAGUUUGUGUCUCAGGCGCAGUACCCGCACUGGGCGGUAUACGUGGGCAACUUCCAGGUGGUCCACCUGCACCGGCUGGAGGUGAGCAACAGCUUUCUGACUGACGCGAGCCAGGGCCGACGUGGCCGUGUGGUUAACGAUCUGUACCGCUACAAGCCUCUGAGCCCCAGUACGGUGGUGCGCAACGCGCUGGCGCACGUGGGCGCCAAGGAGCGCGAGCUCAGCUGGCGCAACUCAGAGAGCUUUGCCGCCUGGUGCCGCUAUGGCAAGCGCGAGUUCAAGAUCGGCGGCGAGCUGCGCAUCGGCAAGCAGCCCUACCGCUUGCAGAUUCAGCUCUCGGCUCAGCGCAGCCACACGCUGGAAUUCCAGAGCCUGGAGGACUUGAUCAUGGAGAAGCGGCGAAACGACCAGAUCGGACGCGCGGCGGUACUGCAGGAGCUCGCCAUGCACCUGCACCCAGCGGAGCCAGACGAGGGCGACAGCGAUGCUGCGCGGACUACGCCGCCUCCCAGGCCCACCCCUUCACCAGGCUUGGAGGGGGAGGAUGGAGAGGCUGUGGCACACUGACGGGCGAGUGGAGGGCAGCUCUGCAAAAGGGAGUUAUUUGCAGCAGCUGCUGCCCCUUUUCAUCUCCUCUUCCUCCCUUCCUCCCUCCCUCCUCUGCCGCCACCUGGGCCCCACGGGGAUUCCUGGGCCCUUUGGAAAAUGGAGAGUUGGAGAAAUACGCAGCCGGCUGUGAACAGGGAAGGAGGAAGGGAACAGAGGGAGCAGGUAGGAGUACUUUUGAGUGGUAGUAUUUCCUUCCGGGCCCCCUCAGGCUUGUCUUCCUUUCUGUUGUGGGAUGAACUGAACCAUAGAUUUAAUCUGGGUUCAGAAUCGACCCUUAAACACGCAAGGCUGGAGAAAGUUCAGAGUACCUAUCAGAGCCCUGCCAUUGCCUCUGCUUCCCCCUCUACACUGAGCUCAGAGCAAAGGUACAAAGGCCAGAGGGGGGUUGGGGAGGCGCCACCAUGGCCAGCAACUAGAGCUGCUUAUCAUCUUCCCCCGCUGAGCUGUGAGUGGGAUCCAGAAGGUUGGUGUGAUUUAUUUUAUGGGAUUCCUGGGGCGCAAGGCUGGUGAAACCAUGACGCGGUCUGUGACCAUCAGACCAAAACCAAGCAGCCCCCUAUUAAGUGUAACAAAUAGUUGAACAAACUACCUCCCUUCUCCAUCCUCAAGUAAUUCGUCUUCCGGAGCUUAGUCUCUUGCUCCACCCGCCCCUUUCCAGGUUACAAGUAAAUMAUUGUCAAGGGCCAGUCAGGGGAAGGAUUCAAUUAAGGUUCAGUUCUGCGCCUUUGUUUUUCUGCCUGCUGUUGUAGGCACUUAGAGCUGCAGUUAUUUGUUAGCAAAGGAGAGAAUAGCCCUUUGUGUCUGUGAUCUAAUUAAACCUGCUUUUGCUGGUCCACAGGUCACAGAUGGGGUUGGCUUGUGCCACCCCAUAAAGUAUCCACUAGGGAAGCAGCUGAACGGUGCUGCCCUGGCAAGAAUUAGUUAAUUUCCUCUUUGACUUCCUUCCUGCCCUUUCAAAAAUAGCUUUGGUGGUGAUCCUGUGAUUUUUCUUCCUUUUUAAAAAAUUUUCCUCUCACUGGCCCAUCUCCCUCACCUUCUCUCCUGUUCCGCUGGUGGUAAAAUCUUGGGCUUGAGACCUGUUUCAUUAGGAGGAUACUUAUUUUGCCAGCCACACUUGAUGCAUUUUAAUUCAAGGGGCAAAGUCUUAUUAAUACUGCAACAGUCUCCUUGUUGCUUGGAGAGCACCCCUUCAGAGCCUUUGCAGUUAAGAGGGGUGACCUCCAUUUCAGAUGCUACCUGGUGUAGUCAGCACAGAAUCUGAUGACAGCCCUAAAACAUAGGUUGGUAGCUAUGGCAUCUGGUAGUGGCAGCCUGAGCAGAUACACUCGGGUCUGCUACUGAGCUACUGUGUGCUUUGGUGGGAGGCUUUCAAUAAUUUUCCCACCUGGCCCUUGUAUCCUAUGGGUGUGCCCUUGAUUUUGAGUGCUUYUCAGUGCCCAUUACCAGUGCUAUCUCAAAAGAUGAGUAAAGUUUGAARUUUUCUGUUUUUUAAUUCCAUCUUGGGCAUCAUUAUAAACUACUUUGGACAAGUCAUUUAUGAACUAAUUCCUAACAGCUGGAAUAGAACCCUACUUGAGUAAUCCACAACCAUCUUUUCAUCCUUGGGCUUUUUGCUUGGAGAGCUCUAAAUCAAGGCAGUAAGACUUAAGGAUUUUCUUGUCUGCUUCCUUUUUUCAGACAUAGAAGUUGAGGCCAUAAUUUUUAAAUGCCCAGAUCUUCUUAUAUCCCACCAUGAAACCUUUCUGUCAUAGGGCAUUAGCUGUGCUCCUAAUUUAACAAUGAUCACCAAACAGGUCCUGUUCCUUUGAUUGUUAAAAGUGAACCACACUCUAGCCCUGCUGGACUUUGAAGAAAAACCAGUCUCCCUUGGAAAUGGAGGUCUAGUUUUCAUGUUUAAUACUCACAGCUUUGCAUUCAUAUUCUCUCGCUCAUGGAAGAGCAGUACAAGAUAAAAUUGGGUGAAGACAUUUAGGAGAAUUUAUAUCUAACAGAUGGGAGGACCACUGUCCAGGUGGUAGGAAAUAAAAGAAAAAGUUGUCACUGCCCCACAACUCUGGGCUGGAGGACACCCCCUCCACCUCCGUCUGCUGGUCACACCGAGUGUAGCAGUGAGUGUGUUUUGUUCCAAAUGAGAUGCCUUGAAAGUCUCAACUUGAAGGAAAAGCGCCUAUAAAACCCGCUGAGCUACUGUGUGCUCAGUUAAGGAGCAGACCACUCCAAGGAGAGGCUUUUGAUAAUGGCUUGAAAAUGGACUAGAAUAGGAAAUAGAUCUGUGCCAGAUGAUCCUUCCUGGAACAUAGUGCCAGUGUUUCUACGAGGCACCAGAGAUGCUAAAUGUGCAACACUUAGGAAUAGGGGAUUCCACUGGAAAUGUUCUUAGGCGUAUAAUGCUUAAAGAAAAGCCACAACCAACUGGUGAAGGCUCCAAGAAAGAGGGUCAGAUCAACUCUUGGUUCUUAAGAUGGCAGUGUUGUGGAGAAGUGAUUUUUUUUUUUUUUUUUUUUUUUUAAUGCC